AUGCCUGUAGGCGGAAGGCCAAAAAAGGGCAUUGAGGGAAUUAGGCCUGCUAAGCCGAAGUGCGCUCCGGGGUUUCUUGACUUUCUUUCGUCAAUGUUGAGAAAAACUUUUUAUAUCUCAAAAUAUCGUUAGAGAAGGAAGUCCCAGCGCUCGGAGGCUUAGCUGACAAAGAAGGGGGUUGCGUGGCUGCGAGUCUCAGAACUACUGUUUGGGAGCCCCAAAACCAGUGCUGGCACCCGCGCCGCACGGGCGCGCAAUUCCUCCCCUGGCUAGAGCAUGGGAACCCCGAAACCGCUGAUUUUGCCCUGGUUGGUGUCACAACUGGACCUGGGGCAGCUGGAAGGCGUGGCCUGGCUGGACGAGAGCCGAACGAAGUUCAGGAUCCCGUGGAAGCAUGGCCUACGGCAGGACGCACAGAUGGCUGACUUUGGCAUCUUCCAGGCCUGGGCAGAAGCCAGUGGUGCCUACACCCCGGGGAAGGAUAAGCCAGACCUGUCAACCUGGAAGAGGAAUUUCCGGUCAGCCCUGAACCGCAAAGAAGUGUUGCGGUUAGCUGUUGACAAUAGCAAGGACCCUUAUGACCCUCAUAAAGUGUAUGAGUUUGUGACUCCAGGUGCGAGGGACUUCGUACAUCUGGGUGCCUCUCCUGACACCAAUGGCAGAAGCAGCCUGCCUCACUCCCAGGAAAACCUACCGGAGUUACUUGAUUGCCUGGUCUUGGGGCCCCUCACAGAUGAGGGGUCCUCAGAUCUGGCUAUUGUUUCUGAUCCUUCUCAACGACUGCCAAGCCCCGAUGUGAACAACUUCCUAAAUCCCACACCCCAAGAAAAUCCACUGAAGCAGCUGCUAGCUGAGGAACAAUGGGAGUUCGAGGUGACCGCCUUCUACCGAGGCCGCCAGGUCUUCCAGCAGACACUCUUUUGCCCGGGGGGCCUGCGGCUGGUGGGCAGCACAGCUGACAUGACACUGCCCUGGCAGCCAGUCACCCUGCCCGAUCCUGAGGGGUUUCUGACGGACAAGCUUGCGAGGGAGUAUGUGGGGCACGUGAUCAAAGGGCUGGGCAACGGGCUGGCACUGUGGCGGGCGGGGCAGUGCCUCUGGGCCCAGCGCCUAGGCCACUCCCACGCCUUCUGGGCUCUGGGGGAGGAGCUGCUUCCAGACAGUGGUCGAGGGCCUGAUGGAGAGGUCCACAAGGACAAGGACGGAGCCGUGUUCGACCUCAGGCCCUUCGUGGCAGAUCUGAUUGCCUUCAUGGAAGGAAGUGGACACUCCCCACGCUACACUCUGUGGUUCUGCGUGGGAGAAAUGUGGCCCCAGGACCAGCCGUGGGUCAAGAGGCUUGUGAUGGUCAAGGUUGUUCCUACAUGUCUUAAGGAGCUGUUAGAGAUGGCCCGGGAAGGGGGAGCCUCUUCACUGAAAACAGUGGACUUGCACAUCUCCAACAGCCAGCCUAUAUCCCUUACCUCUGACCAGUACAAGGCCUACCUCCAGGACUUGGUGGAGGACAUGGACUUCCAGGCCACUGGAGGUAUCUGAGCCCCACUCAGCUGUUACCAAUAAAGCAGUUUAUGCCACCAUCACAUCUGCUGUCGCACUGACUCUAGGCUGGUGGUUAUUCUACAAGGCUCUCAGCCUUCCCAUCUGCAGCUGAGGUAUAGGUGCUCCAGGAGGGAGGCACAGGGACAAAACACAGCAUGGCUGCCAAGGUCGUGGAGAAAGUAUCACAAAGGAAGCAAGGACAAGACCGGUCCAGAGCUGCACACACAUUGUCCCUACAUGGAGCAAGGGACACUGUCACAGGCUGUGAUGUGCCUGAGUGGUGAUGGUUGGCAACCAGCAAGCUUGCUGUGGGGCGGGCGGGCUGACUCACCACCACGGACUGAGUCACUGCAGCCUCACAGGUGCUGCUGACACCAGAGGCCACUCGGGUGAUGCUCAAGGCUGGGCCCUGCCUCCUGUUACCCUCACAUCCCCACAUUCCUAAGUCUGGUGUGACAUCAUGGUUCCCCACACACACAUCCGAACUCUUUCCUCCUGAAAAAAAGAGCAUUUCAUGA